AUGUCUAUUCCCAACGAAGCUCUCCAAAAACUCCUUCAAGAGAUCGAAUCUCGCGUCAUCUCCUCGCAACAACAAAUCGGAAUCACCAAGGCCCAGAUGACGACAAAACAGCGAGACAUGCGUAUGCUCGAGCUCACAUCAAAGGAAAUUGGAACUCUACCCGGUGACACAAAGGUCUACGAAGGUGUUGGUCGGAUGUUCGUCGCGGUCCCCAGAACAGCCGUCGACAAGCGGAUAUCGACCGAGAGUACGGAGUUAAAGUCUGAGAUUGAAGGACUAGAGAAGAGGAUGAAUUAUCUCGAGAUGACAUUUAAGAAUAGUCGUGAGAAUCUGGAGCAGAUUUUGAAGUCGGGCCGGGCGUGA